CUCCCAUACUUGAAAAAACAAACCCAGUUUCACCAAUCCAAUGGGAGAGGAAGAGAAACAGAAAGCAGUGGAGGGGAAGGAAGUGGAAGAAGGAAAAGAAAGGCAAAGAACCCAACUGUUCCUCAAGAGAUUAUCCUGAAAGUUUACAUGCAUUGUGAAGGCUGUGCUCGUAAAGUUCGUCGAUGUCUCAACGGAUUUCCAGGGGUUGAAGAUGUAAUGACGGAUUGCAAGACCAAUAAAGUGGUGGUGAAAGGAGAGAAAGCGGAUCCUUUCAAAGUUCUCGACAGACUUCAAAGGAAGAGCCACCGGAGGAGACUAAAACAGAGGAUAAAGAAAACUCCAAGCCUGAAGACAAGAAGGAAGAGGUUUUGUUUUUUCAGCCUCUUCAAACACUUGAAGGUUUCAUUUUUUUCAACAUUUCUUAGUCUGAUAAAGUUUUGGUUUUUGCAGCCUCCGGCGGUGGUCACGGUGGUGAUGAAAGUUUACAUGCAUUGUGAAGCUUGUGCAUUGGGAAUCAAGAAACGUAUUCAGAGAAUGAAAGGGGUGGAAUCAGCUGAACCGGAUCUAAAGAGUUCAGAAGUGACGGUGAAGGGAGUGUUUGAGCCGCCAAAACUGGUGGAGUACGUCUACAGGAGAACCGGGAAGAAGGCGGUGAUAGUGAAACAAGAGGCGGAAGCGCCUAAGACGGAAGGAGAAGAAAAGGCCAAAGAUGACAGCAAAGACGAGAAGAAAUGUGAAGAAAGUGGUGCCGAUAAAGACAAGAAGGAAGGCGGUGGUGGAGAAGAAGAAGACAACAAUAACAAAGACAAGAAACAAGAAGGUGGUGGUGACAGCAAAGAAGCCGACGUCGCCACUUCCACCGAGGCAGCAGCGGCGGCGGAAGAGAGCGAAGUGGCGGUGGAAGUGAAGAAGAAUGAAUUUUGUUAUUACCCGCCGAGGUAUGCUACUGAGUCCUACGCAUACCCUCCGCAAAUUUUCAGUGAUGAGAACCCUAAUGCUUGUUCCGUGAUGUAAAAAACUCUAUGGUUUAGGGGCAUUGUUGGAA